UAUUUGUCAGUCAGUUUUGGCAACUCGUCAAGAGAUCUGUGUGCCUUAGUAAUCAGUCAGAGUAUAUUAUCAUGUGUUCAAUAAUGUUGAACUUUCUCAAUGAUCAGAUGCCGCCCCGUAGGGAACCCGAUUACUCGGUUCUUACUCAGGCCACAGUAGUCGCACAGUGCCGCGACUAUCAUGCUGAGAAAUUCACCGGGCAGGGAGAUCCCCGUAACACUGGUCAGACCGCUUCAGAUUAUUCAGUCAAAGAGUCAGUUCGGACGACUACUGCUGCAAAUAGAGCAUCUGCAUCUAUAGUUGCAGAAUCUGGUUUGUCUGCUGAGGCUUAUUGUCGGCGUCAUGAAAUUACUGUUACUGGAGAUAAGGUUCCCCUACCUUUCACCUCAUUUGGAGCGACUGGUUUUCCUCCUGAGAUUUUAAGAGAGGCACAACUUGCUGGUUUUUCGGCACCAACCCCAAUCCAGGCACAAUCAUGGCCAGUUGCUCUUCAAGGACGUGAUAUAGUGGCCAUUGCAAAGACUGGAUCUGGGAAGACUUUGGGUUACUUGAUUCCUGGGUUUAUGCAUCUGAAAGAAAAGCGUAAUAAUCCUAAAAUGGGUCCAACUGUAUUGGUGCUCUCACCGACAAGAGAAUUAGCGACGCAAAUACAAGAUGAAGCUGUGAAGUUUGGAAAAUCAUCAAAGAUAUCUUGUACAUGUUUGUAUGGAGGUGCUCCUAAAGGUCCUCAGUUGAAAGACCUAGACAGAGGUGUGGACAUCGUGGUGGCUACUCCUGGUCGGUUGAAUGAUAUUUUGGAGAUGAGGAGAGUCAGUCUCCUUCAAGUGUCUUAUUUAGUGUUAGAUGAAGCGGACAGGAUGCUGGACAUGGGUUUUGAACCUCAGAUAAGGAAAAUUGUGAAAGAAGUCCCAUCUCGUAGGCAAACGCUGAUGUAUACUGCUACAUGGCCAAAAGAGGUACGAAGAAUUGCUGCUGAUUUCAUGGCCAACCCUGUUCAGGUUAAUAUUGGAAAUGUUGAUGAGCUUGCUGCAAACAAGGCAAUAACACAGCAUGUUGAAGUUUUGGCCCACAUGGAUAAGCGGGGGCGCCUGUUAGAGAUACUGAGAUCCCAGGAACCUGGAUCGAAGAUAAUAAUUUUCUGCUCUACAAAGAGAAUGUGUGACAUGCUUGCAGAUAAUUUAAACCGGCAGUUUGGAGCUGCUGCUAUUCAUGGCGACAAAUGUCAGAGUGAGAGGGAUCACGUGUUGAAUGAAUUCCGCACUGGAAGGUCCCCUGUGCUUGUAGCCACUGAUGUUGCUGCUCGUGGACUGGACAUUAAGGAUAUAAGGGUGGUGAUAAACUACGACUUCCCGACUGGGGUAGAGGACUAUGUGCACAGAAUUGGACGAACUGGACGGGCAGGGGCCAAAGGAGUAGCAUAUACAUUUUUAGGUGAUCAAGACACAAGACAUGUGUCGGAACUCAUCAAGCUUCUUGAAGGAGCCGAACAGAAUGUUCCUGCUGAGGUCCGUGAUAUGGCCUCACGGGGUGGUGGUGGUGGGAUGGGAAGGGGAAUGCGCCGAUGGGGCCCAGGUGGCGGCGGCGGACGUUAUGAAUCUUCUUACGGUGGAAGGGAUGGUGGAGGAGGCGGUGGCGGCGGACGUUAUGAAUCUUCUUCUUACGGUGGAAGGGAUGGGGGAGGAGGUGGAGGAGGUUGGGGUAUGUCGUCCGGGGGUUAUAAACCUGAGGGAAAUGAUGGGUUCUUGGUGGUCUAUUUUGGGACAGUGUUGUCCAGUGAACAUGUUUUGUUGGCUUUGUAUGUUUAUUUGCCGUAG